GACCCCUGAAGCCUGGUUUGGUCUAAAAUAAAAUAAAAUAAAAUUCACGAGUUUGUGUUUUCAGUGCAAAAUGUACGUGUGAUUGAAUCAUGCCGAGAUCUUGAAGCACUUUUGCUUGAGGUUCAUACGGUAAUGGCUGAGUAUUUUGCGGAAGCUUUUGUUGCAAGUGUAGUAUGAAGUUUCUGAUCACCACUUUCCUCACAUUCGUUCUGGUUGCAGCAGCAGCUGCUGCUGCUGCUGCGGUGGACCCAGACCCCAUUUUUUCGGCCAUGAAAGACAACGACGCCGCCGCCAUUCGAACCGCGGUCGAGAAUGACCCCUCGCUGCUCGAGUUUACCGGCCGGGGCGGCCAAACCCCCCUGUUGAAAGCCGUGCUGAUGGGAAGCAAAGAGGCCGUUGUUGCUCUGCUGGAGCUCGGGGCCAAUAUGAUGUCCACCGAGGGCGAUGGCUACGGUGUUCUCCACGCGGCGGGGUUCCAGGGUCGACCGGAGAUCCUGGAAUUGCUGCUUGCGCGGUUCCUCGAGCWGAAAGAAUCCGGCGGAAAUUACUUGGACCCAGAAAGCGAUCUCCACGAGGACGGGUUUUAUCCCAUGCAUGUGAGUAGAGUUGAGCACAGUUUUUGUAGAAUCSAUGCAAUGCAAAGCGUGAACGAUUCUGUGAAAUGGAAUCCUCCACGCCAUUUUCCCAUCGAGUUCCUUUUUAUCUGACCCUUUUCGGUGUCAUCCAUUUUCCUUUUUCCACAGCGAGCGUGUUGGGGAAGGUCGCCGGAUCAUGCAAAAACUGUCGAAGUAUUUUUGAAACACGGGGUACCAGCCGAUCAGCUCAGUAAGGAUGGAAAGACGUGUGMGGAAAUGACCAAAAAUCCGUUAACAAAGCGACUCUUUGACGAUAGCUCUGAACUAUAGGUUCUCUUCUGGCUGGCUUGCUUGUCAGCACUGUACAAGAUACAUCAGGUUGUAGGCCUACCAAACCGCUUUAAUUUUAA